GCAUUUGUAAGAUAUAUGUAUGGCGUAAUUUCAAAAGAUCCAAGAGCACCAUAUUAUGAGAAUAUUUGGUUUAGCUAUAUUCCUCCUGAAAAGAUUCCAAACGUGAAAUCAUUCUCAUCAGAAAGAAGCACUGUUAUUAUUUUUGAGGAUUUGUGUGUUGCCCCAAAGUAUAUACAAAAUCAAAUUAUACCUUUCUUUACUCACGGGCUAAUAUUUAAUGGCGGUAGUAGCACUCACGAUAUCUUCAAAAUUGUUGAACGAUAUACUAAUGAUGUAAAGGGUGCAUCUAUGGUUAUUAAUAGCUACCUCCGUCAAG